AUGUUCGUGCCCUUCUUCACAAAACGAGCGUCAAAAAGACAGCUUGAACGUCGUAAAGGAGGUGGCGGUGGUGGCCGCGGCGGCGGAUCAAGUUCAGGCGGCGGCGGCAGCAGCGCCGGGGCUUCUUCAGGCGGUAGAUCGUCCUCUGUCUCGACAGGAUCUGGUACUCGCGGCGCAAGCUCUGCUGGCAACGGCGGUGGGCGGGUCACAUCAAUACCGGCUGGACAACCGUUCGCGGGUCGGUCGGUGGGCGGAGGGACGAGGCAACAAGUGGUCGGUUCCCAACAAUACGGCAGCGGGUAUCCCGGCGUAGCCGGCCGCGGUGUUGCAGGUCGUGGCUUCCCCUUCUACUUUUGGCCAGUUGCUUGGGGAGGUGCUGCUGGUGUCGGAGCAGGCGCCUACUUGCAUUCGAACGAAUAUGGCCGACAUGAUAAUUCGACUCGUCCGGGCGGCGUCGAGGUCACGGCGGUCUUCAUAUCAAGUUCAAAUGGCACCAAUACUUUCCGUUUGAUGGCCGACAACGCGACCGUGACAUCGCUGAUCGAGGAUAUCCGAGGCAACUGUUCAUCGUCACUGGCAGCUAAUAGUUCAACAACGCCGUCUGCCUUCGACCCCGACCAGCUGCCCAAGCCAGAACAAACUGUUCAGUAUUAUCGUGCCAGCAGCGUGGCUCUCACGUUCGACGGCUACAACAAUACCGGCGCGCUCGCAGAUGAGGGGACGCCAGACACGCCUCUACCCGCCGGGCUCGAUGCCACCCUCCUCAAUUGCUUGAACGAUACGAUAGUUAACAACGUGCCCUUGGUUGAUGCUGCUGGUAUGCGGUGGUCGGCACCAAACGUGGCUCUACUGCCAUUAUUCUGGAUUGUGUGGUUAAUGUCUACGCGGGUAUAA